CCCUAAAAAAUGGACACACGGCCAUUUCUUAUCUUCACCCUUCUCUUCUCCACCAUUAAUAUUCACUCUUCUCACUCCGAGCUCUGCCACCCCCAAGACAAGAAAGUCCUCCUCCAAAUAAAGCAAGCCUUCAAUAAUCCUUACGUCCUCACCUCGUGGGACCCACAAUCCGACUGUUGCAAAUGGUACUUCCUCAAGUGCGACGGCACCACCCACCGCAUCAACUCCCUCACCAUCUCCGGCGGUCUCUCCGGCGAAAUCCCGCCCCAAAUCGGCGACCUUCCAUACCUCCAAACCUUAGUUCUCAUCAAGCACGAAAACCUCAGAGGACCCAUCCCACCAACACUAACCAAACUAAAAAACCUCACCUACCUCACCAUAAGCUGGACCAACGUUUCGGGACCGGUCCCGCAGUUUCUCAGCCAGCUCAAGACCCUCCUAUCCCUCGACCUCUCUUUCAACAGCCUUGCGGGACCGGUCCCGCACUCGCUCUCUCAGCUGCCGAACCUCAACUCCCUCCACUUGGAAAGAAACAAACUGACGGGACCGAUCCCGGACUCUUUCGGAGAAUUCCGCGGCGAUGACUUUUACCUUUAUCUGUCCCACAACCAGCUCUCUGGGAAAAUACCGGCCUCAUUGGGGAAGAAGGACUUCGCCGCCGUGGACCUCUCAAGGAACGAGCUCGAAGGCGACGCGUCGUUUUUGUUCGGUACGCGGAAGACGACCCGGGGCGUGGACCUGUCGAGGAACUAUUUGGAGUUCGACCUGUGGAAGGUGGAGUUUCCGAGGAGUUUGAGGUGGUUGGACUUGAACCAUAAUAAGAUUACGGGGAGUAUCCCGGUGGGGCUGACGGAGCUGAAGUUACAGAAGCUGAAUGUGAGUUACAAUAGGUUGUGUGGGAAGAUUCCGGUGGGCGGGGAGUUGCAGAGGUUCGGAUACUCGGCGUAUUUUGAAAACUGGUGCUUGUGCGGUGCUCCGCUUGUAAAGAGCUGCUAAUGUUGGACGUU